AUGUGGAAGCAAAGAGCUCGUAUGCGCUGGCUUACAGAGGGUGAUAAAAACACAGUUGUCUUUCAUGUGAUGGCUAAAACUAGACAAGCUAAACAUAAGAUUAGAAGCCUUGAAUGUGAUGGGAUAGAAUAUGUCCAAAGCUCGCAGAUUCUUGAAGUAUGCAUGGAUUACUUUAAAAAAGUCCUAGCUAGGGAUGAAGUGCAAGGGAAUUUGUUUGACGGUAUUGAAAACACAGUUAGGGUCACUGAGUCUGAAAAUUCACAGCUUUUACAGCCUAUCUCGGAGGAGGAGAUGACGGAAGGAGUGUGGAGUUUAGAUAAGGGCAGUGCAGUUGGCGCGAAUGGUUUUUCUAAUUAUUUCUUGCAGGAGUGUUGGGUGAUGGUUAAGACUGAAGUGGUGAGUGUUGUGCAAGAUUUUUUCUCGUCUGGGAAAAUGGUGAGGAGUAUCAAUGGAACUAUGAUUUGCCUCAUUCCUAAGAAAGUUAACUCUAAGAAAGUCGAAGAUUUCAGGCUCAUCUCCUUAUGCAACACUAUUUAUAAGACCAUAGCAAAGGUUAUUGUUAACAGAAUGAGGGGCAUCCUUAGUCGUAUUAUCAAUGUUAACCAAGCUGCCUUUUUGAAAGGGAAACACAUCCAUGACAACAUCAUGUGGGUGAAUGAGACCAUAAAUUCUAAGGAGUUUUGGGACAAAGGAGAUUGUUGCCUCAAACUUGAUUUGAUGAAAGCUCAUGAUAGGGUCUCCUAG